AUGCAGAAGUGCCGGGCCGUCAAUUCCGCCUUGGGCUCGAGGGCAUUUGCCCCCGCCCCCAAGGUCCAACAAGUACAGCGCCGGAAUCUCCAAGAUGUUGCGAUCACGAGAACCGGAAAGCCGAUCCUGAAGGUCCAGGGCCACACCGCCACUGUCUUCGGUGCUACUGGUUUCCUCGGUCGUUACAUUGUCAACAGGCUCGCUUCGCAGGGAUGCACGGUCGUUGUUCCCUACCGUGAGGAGAUGACCAAGAGACAUUUGAAGCCCACCGGUGAUCUCGGAAGGGUCAACUUCUUGGAGUAUGACUUGCGCAACACCCAGUCGAUCGAGGAGAGUGUCCGUCAUUCCGAUAUUGUUUACAACCUUGUCGGUCGUCAAUAUCCCACUAAGAACUUUUCCUAUACCGACGUACACGUCGACGGCAUCGAGCGCAUCGUUGAGGCUGUCGCCAAGUAUGAUGUUGACCGGUACAUCCACGUCUCCUCCUACAACGCCAGCAGAGACUCUCCUUCCGAGUUCUUUGCCACUAAGGCCUGGGGAGAGGAAAUUGCCCGUUCCAUUUAUCCCGAGACCACCAUUGUCCGCCCUGCUCCUAUGUUCGGUUUCGAGGACAACCUUCUCCACAAGCUUGCUAAGGUCACCAACCUCCUUACCUCCAACCACAUGCAGGAGCGCUACUGGCCCGUUCACGCCCCCGAUGUUGGCAAUGCUCUGGAGCGUAUGCUUCACGAUGACUCCACUGCUGGUCAGACUUUCGAACUUUACGGUCCCAAGAACUACUCUACUGCCGAGAUUGCCGAGCUGGUUGACCGUGAAAUCGUCAAGCACCGCCGUCACAUCAACGUUCCCAAGCCGAUCUUGAAGCCUGUUGCCCACUACUUGAACAAGCUGCUCUGGUGGCCCAUUAUCUCGCCUGAUGAGGUUGAGCGGGAGUUCAUUGACCAGGUGAUCGACCCCAAUGCUAAGACCUUCAAGGACUUGGGCAUUGAGCCUGUUGAUCUGGCCACCCUUACUUUCCACUACCUGUUGCAUAGUUGGGAUACCGUAGCGCUUCGUACUACGAUCUGCCUCCGGCCACGGAGCGGGAGAGACAAGAGGAGAAGAAGUAUCUGCACGUCUUGGACGACCAGUAACAAAAUGCCACCUCAAUUCACCUUCAACACCUCAUCGACCCCAAUCCUCCUCCUCAAAACCAAAUCCUCCCCGAAAGACAGCUACGAAGAAUACUUCUCCGCACAUAGCUACACCCCCACCUUCAUCCCAGUCCUCGAACACAACUUCCACAACCCAAACCUAACCACCGUGAAACAGCUCUUCCAGUCAGGAGCCCUGAAACCCGGCCCGGGCCGCAAAUACGGUGGUCUGAUAUUCACAAGCCAGCGGGCCGUAGAGGGAUUCGCGACGAUCCUCAACGAUAUCGAUGAAUCAACUAAACAAACCUCUUCCCAUUCUCUAAUCCUCUACACCGUCGGCCCCGCUACAUCCCGAUCCUUAACCUCCAUUCGAGACGACCAUCUUCCCCACGCAACAAUCCUCGGCGAGGAGACAGGGAACGGCGAAAACCUGGCGCACUUCAUCCUCUCCCAUUAUAACCCGUUGUAUGACUCGCAAGAUGGCCCGAAACCGCCUUUGUUGUUCCUUGUCGGGGAGCAGCGGAGGGAUAUCAUUCCCAAGACGUUGAUGGCGGGGUCGCUGUCGCCGGAGCAGCGGAUUGGGGUUGAUGAGUUGGUAGUCUACGAGACGGGAGUUAUGGGGGGGUUUGAGGAGAGUUUUGCGGAGGCGGUUCGUGCUUCGGAGGAGUUUUUGGGGGGUGGGGUGGAGAGGGCGGUUUGGGUGGUUGUGUUUUCGCCAACGGGGUGUGACGCUAUGGUACGGGUGUUGAAGGGGCUUGGGGAUUCAGAGAGGAGGGUGUUUGUUGCUACGAUUGGGCCUACAACGAGGGAUCAUUUGAAGAGUAAGUGUGGGUUUGAGGCGGAUGUUUGUGCCGAGAAACCGAGUCAGGAGGGAGUAGGCAUGGGCAUUGAGGAAUUCAUGGAGAACUGGAGGAAGGAUAAGACAGGGCAAUAG